AUGGACAACCCAUUCUCCGAGGAGAUCACCAACUACCAAAUGCCAAAAAACUUCGUUCUACCGACCUCCCUAGAACCGUUCAAUCUCCUCCUUCGAGGAGCUAGUGAAAUCCUUCAUCGAUUACUUUGCAGCGUCAAGGAUAUAUGUACACGGAUCAGAUUACGUAAGCACGAUCAGCAGGGGCAACAUGAGAGUCUGAAGGAUUAUAUGACUCGGUUCGCCAAGGCAACCAUGGAGAUUUCUGACCUAGAUCCAAAGGUCCACCUACACGCCCUGAAAAGCAAACUCCGACCCGGAAAAUUUCAGGAGAUGAUCACCGUAACCAAACCAAAGACCCUAGAAGAGUUCCGAGAAAGAUCCGCAGGACAAAUGGAGAUUGAAGAGCUCCGAGAAGCCCGAAAAAUGGACAAAAACAUGCCAAGGAGAGAAGAACAAAGGAACGGCAGAUCAUCGAGCAACAAAGACAUAAAGAAACCGUUCAAGCUCAACCCCAAAUUUGACACUUACACCCGAUUCAACAUGAAAAGAGAGAACAUAAUCAAAGAAAUCCUCCAUGCAAAGCUGAUCAAACCGCCAAUCCGAGCAGGAAGCUACCAAGACCAGAGAUUUGUUGAUAAAAACAAGCAUUGCGCUUUUCACCAGAAAUUUGGACACACACUGACGAAUGCAUCAUGGCCAAGGACCUACUUGAAAGACUAG